UCGCCGGCACUGUGUGGUAAGCUAAUCGACAACAAAAGCCUCGCAGUGAAACAGGAGGCGAGCGAGAAAGCUGCUGAGCUGCAGAGAGACCGGAGGCCGCGUUACCCUUUCGCUUCCCCAGACAGAAGGCCAGAUGGACACCAGAAACACCACUGAAGAGAAACCUGUCCAGCGCUCUAAGUCCUUCAGCUUCAAGACUCAGAGGGAGGUGUGCUCAUCAUGUGAGAAGACGGUCUACCCCAUGGAGAGACUGGUUGCCAACAAUCUGAUCUUUCAUUCAACCUGCUUCUGCUGCAAACACUGCAACACCAAACUCAGCCUUGGCACCUACGCAGCUCUUCAGGGUGAAUUCUACUGUAAACCCCACUUCCAGCAGCUCUUCAAAAGCAAAGGCAACUACGAUGAGGGCUUUGGGCGCAAACAACACAAGGAGCUAUGGGCCUCCAAGGAGACGGAAAAUAUCACCAAGACAGCAUAAUUAACAUCUACCUGCAUUUUCAUCAUACUCUCCCAUCCUUGGACCCUGCGACUUUUACUUUUUUCCCAUUGCAAAUUAAACAUGUUUCGAUAACCAUGUCACAUAGUACGUGAGGGCCACGCCCUUAAAUCACCCACACACUAGUUUACUUUUCUCUUUUUAAAACAUGCUGUACAAUAGAUGAACACAUGCAGAAAUGCCUAGUAAAUGGCAGAAAAGUCAUAAUCAAUGGUAAAUUGUGACUUUUAUCUUAACCCCCCUACCCCACCACCCAAUUCUCUCUUUGGAAUUGGUUGUUGAUUGUGACCAAACACCCUCUCAACUGUCCAGUGCACUGCUGGAAAUGAGGCAUGAAAAAUGAGGAGUAUAAUUACGUAUAAUCACAUUUGCAUUUUAGGACUUUGUUUUUAUCGCUUUGUUUUUAUCUUCUUAAUAAUGAGCACCCUUUUUUCAUAUUGUAUGCUCAGGCAAAAUCUAUUGGUAGAGAGGCUAUAGAUCACCCACUCUGCAUUAGAGCAUACACUCAGGUCAGUAUUUACAGGGGUUCAGUUAUCUGAAAAGAAUCUUUUUUUUCUUUUCUUUUUUUUCCCCCUCAGACAUGCAACCCCAACACAAACUAAACAAUAGCCCUCACUUUGACUUUGCUGCCAGGGACAACUUUGUCAGUUUUUCAGGUUUUAAAUAUUUGAGGAACUAAGGGUACAACGUACUGUAAGAUGAUCGCACACAGGGGCGGUAGCUCACUUUUCUUCUUUUUUUUCUCCUCCUUUUACAGAGUUUGGCUUUCGUUGACCCAUAUUCCAUGUUUUUAAAUGACCUAUGUGACUUUAGUUUCAAACUUGCAUGUUUAUUGGUAUGACUGGGUCUUAAUAGCCGUAUCAUCUUAAAACUGUUUAACCUGUCUCUCAUGGGUGACAAAUGAUUUGUUUCAUUUACUCAACAACUUCUUUCAACGUUCCUGUUCUGUGCAUCUGCUGGAUGUGAUUGGUGACAGUGUAAAAUCAACCCCUCUGAGCUCUUACAGUUGAAAUAUGAAUGGGUUUUUAAGACUGUCAUUUGUAUACUAUCUGUACAUAUAGCUGUAGUUUGUGUUUCGUGAACUUGCCACACUAUGCUGUACUCUUUUCUUGCACAUACGACCCACCCAUGCAUGAUCAUCACCAGGCAGGGUGUCGAUAAUCACAGAGAAAACUAAGGCCCUGUCUCUAAAACAUCUAUUUCUCAUCCUUGAGAAGUAAUGUUCAGGAGCUCUGAAAAGUAUAUUGAUUUGGUCCAUUGCCACCAUUUUAUUUUGUUCUGACGCGUGUCAGGCAACAGAUGAUUCUGGACAGGGCUGAAACCUCACGAGGAACCACACAACUCUUAACUUCAUCACCACAUGCUAUGUCGAAUGUUAACUUCUCCGUGUUGACGUUUUGCCCCCUGUAUUCGAGUGUGUUGGUUAAGCUUGGACAGCAGUUCAGGAGACAUCAUUCUAGUGUGUUUCUCUCAAGGCCCAGCCAGUGAGCAGUGAAAUGUUUCCCCUGAUAGUAAAUGCCUUUCUGCUCUCAUUUCUUGUCUUAUUUGCAAAAUACUUCAUAGCACCCGGACCUGGGCCUAUUGUUAUAAUGAACUGAACUUAGGGUUGUUGGCACAGCUUGAGAACAUUGGCCCCUAGUAGUGCUUGUGCGUAUUGCAGCUAAAGCCCCACACAGAGCUCCCCCUGCUGGAGAACGUGUGCCACGAUGUGGUGUUGAUGGCAUGAGAGGCGACUCAGAUGGUUGCAUCCUAGUUCUCCUCAUAGCGUUUACUCACUUUUGAUUUUCAGCAACGCCUCAGCUUGUAGUGCUGCCACUGCGCUGACUACUUUUUUUUUCCAUUUUAAAAAUACCUUACACAAAUUCAGUCAGAUAAGGUCUUGUCUAUUUCGUUCUUUAUAAAGAAUGAGUCGAAAGCCAUUCAAAAUGUUUUAGAAAAUCUCUUAACACCACUUAUAUUUUACUGACACUUGAAUGACACAAAACACCUUUUUGUGACUGAAGGUUUACUGUGAAUUUUAGCAUGCUGUGCAGAAUAGAAAGCUUCACUGGAGAGGAAGAUAUUUACUACUUGUUUUUUUAUUAAAUGGAAGCCUUACAAAUUGAUAGCCAAACUCACUGCAUUUUCAAACAAUACUUGUUAAGGCUCCCCUUUUUAAGAUGAAAGAUCGCCUGAUCAUGCCUUGUCAAAUAUAUAAAGGCUGUCACUGUACCGGUCCCAAGGUUUAGUUAGUGUAACAGCACUAUUUCAUGCAGCCUGCCCCACCGAGUAUCCACAUGCUGCUGUAAUGAGUCUGGUGUUUGCAGGGCCAGGGAAAUGUCUAAAUGUGCAUGUUGCUUUAUUUAAACCCCAAGACCUCAAAAAGUCUUGGAUACAGCUAAUUAUGCCAUUUCAUGACUUAAAUUCACAUUUUAGGAUUAAACUAAAAAAAAAAUCUUUCUACAUGUUCUUUAUUUUUGGAGAAAUCAGCCAACAUGACAUUGUCAUAUAUUUUAACAGAUGUAUAGUUUUCAUUUAAUUUAAAAUUGGAAAAGGGCAAAAUCGGUCAUGUAUUGGCUGUGUCAUUUAUUCUGGUACUCAAAGGUUCUUAAAACAUCAAACUUGAUGUUUAAAAACUUGCAGGCACUUGUCAUUAUCGCAUGCAACAAUGUUCAGUUUAUUCUGCAUUGAUCCUCUGGAUCUCCAAGGAUGCUUUUAAACCAACAGCAAAGGAUUUUGAAAUAAAAAAAAGUCAUUCCAUGUACUCGAUACGCCACGGUACAACUGCACAAUCUGAAUUACAUUUUCUCCAAAGUGAAACAAAAGAGAAGGUACACUUUUCUACACUGGUGCCAAAAGGCUCAGGUGAAUGAGAGCGGUGUGACUUUUUAAACUGUUGCGUGAGUCCUUUAGUAUUUUUGUGCUGAACAUGAUGUUGACUUUUUUUUUCUUUUCUUUUUUUUAAUACAGGUGGCACUGUUAUUAGAUUUAAAUGUUUGCAUCUUAUAAUAAUUGUAUUCUAGAGCCUAUUACAAACUUGACCUUUUUGGAAUGAGGUGGCCUUACAGCAAAAAGAUGUUGGGCUGUAUUUGCUGUGUUUCCCCUCUGCUCCUUUCCCUUAUCAAAGCUCUGUUGUAUUAUACAAAUGCAACAUUUUGAAAUGUAAGCACCCUCUCUACACAAACACAUGCAAAUAUGUUUGUGCAUUUUUCUUUCCAUGUUUUUUUAUUUUAUUUUUUUUUUACAUGCUUUUGGAAAAAAAAAUAAAAAAAAUGCUGAUGGCGUUG